AUGGGCGACGAGAAGUUUGAUUAUCAGGCGGUCCCCAUCCCCUCUUACGCAGAAGCAACCGGUCAGCCUUCCUCCUCUCGAUCCGAUCUCGGCGACGGAAAUGACCUGGAACGACAAGAGUUACUCGGUCGCGAUCAUGCUGAGACCCGCGGUUACCACCCACCAACCGUGGAGUCGGCGCGCACCAGUCUCGAUGAACUGGAAUCGGCUGCCUCACGCUCUGACCGGGAAUCCGUGGAGGAACUGCGACGGGAAUUAGACCAGAUGGACGUGGAUGACUCGUCGACAUCCUUAACCGGUAGACACUCCGCGCUACGACAUCGUUUCUCUAAACAGCUAUCGAGUCUGAGCCGUACGUUGUCCGCUAUUCAACGACCCUUCCAACGAUAUAUGCCCAACUUUCGCUUUACGAUAAACCUCAACGACACGAGGGCACAUUUCAAAGAUCAGGGGUGCAUUCUGCUACUACGAGUGUUCGCUCUUUUACUCGUAGUCACUCUAGUAUACGUCUUCUUCAUCGCCGACGUCUUCAAUAUCAACAGUCGCAUGUCCAUGGGCCAGUCGUAUAGCGCCGCCUCCGUCGAGAAUUUCAUACAAGGUCAUAUCAACGAGACAAACAUCGCCGAAAACUUGCGACGAGUUACCAAUUACACCCACGUCGCUGGCACGGAAGGCAGCUUUGCCCUGUCACAGUGGAUUGAACAGGAGUUCCACAAUGCAGGGUUUGAUAAAGUCACGCGGGAAGAAUUUCAAGUGUACCUCAACUAUCCACGCAAGGAUGGUAGGAGAGUGGCAAUCAUCGAUCCACCCAGUCUAGCUUGGGAAGCCAAACUCGAAGAGGACAACGCCCAGGAUCUCAUUUUCCAUGGACAUUCGAAGUCAGGCAAUGUUACUGGACCUUUGGUAUAUGCGAAUUUCGGAUCCCGGGAUGAUUUCAAGCUGCUUGCAAAUAAAGGAAUUUCGCUCAAGGGAUCGAUUGCUUUAGUCCGCUACUAUGGCACCGAGACCGAUCGUGCCUUGAAGAUCAAGGCCGCUGAAUUAGCUGGAGCGGUUGGCUGUAUCAUCUAUUCCGAUCCUGCCCAGGAUGGAUUCGUUCAAGGCCCGACCUAUCCCGAAGGUCGUUACAUGCCAAAGGAUGGCGUACAAAGGGGCGGUGUCAGUAUGAUGUCGCAGGUUGUCGGCGAUGUUCUUAGCCCCGGAUGGGCAUCCACCCCGGGAGAAAAGCAUCGUUUAUCCCCGGAGGAAAGUCCUGGACUGCCCAAGAUUCCUAGUCUUCCUCUCGCCUGGCGCGAUGCACAGCCACUUUUGCAGGCCCUCAAAGGACAUGGCUCCAAGGUCCCAAAGGAAUGGGUGGGCGGUGUUCCCAAGAUUCAAGAGUGGUGGACCGGUGACGAGAAAUCCCCGGUCGUUCAUCUGAUGAACUUGCAGGACGAAGUCGAGCGACAACCUAUCUACAACAUCCACGGCAGGAUCGAGGGAAUGGAAGAGCGUGACAAGAAGAUCGUUGUUGGCAACCACCGGGAUUCGUGGUGCAUGGGUAGUGUCGAUCCUGGUAGUGGCACUGCUGCUUUCCUGGAGGUCGUACGAGCCUUCGGCGAGUUGCUCACCUACGGGUGGCGUCCGCUUCGCACCAUCGAAUUUGUCAGCUGGGAUGGAGAGGAGUACAAUCUCAUCGGCUCAACCGAACAUGUCGAGAACGAGAUCGAUGAGCUCCGCGCCAAUGCCUUUGCCUACCUGAAUGUCGAUGUGGGCGUCGCCGGGCCGAAUUUCCGUGUUUCGGCAUCACCGGUUUUUGAGCGUACUGUGCUACAGAUUUUGAGCCGUAUCUCAGACCCCUAUGCCAACGCGACGUUGAAAGACCUCUGGGAUCAAAAAGGCUCCAAGAUCGCCCCGCUGGGCGCCGGGAGUGAUUAUGUUGCGUUCCAGGAUAUCGCUGGCACCUCGAGCAUUGACUUUGGAUUUGACGGCGAGCCCUAUCCCUACCACAGCUGCUACGAAACCUAUGAUUGGAUGGUCAAACAUGUCGAUCCUGACUUUCAAUAUCACAAGAUCUUAGCUCAGUUUUGGGGCCUGCUCCUGCUUGACCUUUCUGAGAAUGCCAUGCUUCCUUUCGACCUUGAAGCUUAUGGCAACUCCAUGAGCAGAUGGGUCCAGGAUUUGGACAAAUUCGCCAAAUCGAAGAAGGCCGCAGUGAACAUGGAACCUAUGUUCAAAGCUGCGGCUGAGAUGACAGCCAACGCUAUUCAAUUCGAAUCCUGGAACAAGAUCUGGCAUGAUACUGUUUGGGGUAUGGGUGGGUAUGAAAGCAAUGUCAUGGCAGUUCAGCGCGUGAACCACAAUGCUCGAAUGGCUGCUUUCGAUACGAAUCUACUUGAUCUGGAAAAAGGCGGAGGUAUUCCCAAUCGCACACAAUUCCGACACGUCGUCUUCGGUCCAGAGUUGUGGUCUGGCUAUGACGCCUCACUCUUCCCUGCAAUUCGGGAUAGCAUCAACACAGGGAACUGGACCUUGACUCAAUAUUGGAUCGACCGCGUCGCCAAUAUUAUCCACCACGCCAGCGACAAGCUGCUCCACUAA